AUAUUAUAACCUGACCUUGGAGUCCUGGUGGGAUUUUCGUUUAGAAAUACGAACUUUGGAAGCAGACAAAUUCGAUGACGAAGUUGAUGAUGCUUGUAGCAAAAGUCUGUGAAGAAGUUGAUGGGGGAGUCGAUCUUGGGACAGUGCAGAAAGUUUCAACAGAAGCAGAAAUGUGUGGUUUGAUAUUCCAGAACAUCAUCAAGUAACCAUCGGUACGAUCAUCUCACGAUGCAAGUGGGCAAGACAGCGACCAAAUCUAACCAGAAAUUUACUAAGAAGAGGAAGUCAUCGGGAGUUAGAGAAAAGGAUAAUGAAGUCAUCAUCAAUAAGGUCCCAAAGUUCGACAGUAAGGUACCAAAACUUCAGAAGAGUUCCAAACCAAACAAUGAUGUUGCCGGCUCUAACACUAAGGUCCCAAAGUUUGAUAAUAAGGUACUAAAACUUCAAAAGAGUUCCAAACCAAACAGUGAUGUUGUCGGCUCUAACAAUAAGAUACUAAAACUUCAGAAAAACUCCAAACCAAAUAAUGAUGUUGCAAGCUCUAAAAAUAAUCGGAGUUCUGUUAGAAAAAAUUCUUCCCUAAAAAGCAAAAAACUUUCCUCGCUAAAGAAGAAGUUUUGUGAAACAAAGAAAUGCGCAACGGCUCCUAAAACAAAAACUAAACUAAACGUUUUCAAAUCCCCAAAAGGAUCUGCGAAAAACAAGACCAAAGAUGGUAAAGAGAAAGACAAGACAGCAACUAACUGCAAAAAAGCAAAACACAAAACAGAGAAAAAAAACAGAGCCAUGUCCUUCCAUAAAACAAAGCCAAACUUAGUAUUAACUUCGGAUGGAGGUUUAGCCAGUCAGACGUUUUCAUUGGAAAAAAAAAAGAUCUCACUUCAGAAGCAAUUAAUAGCAACACCUUAUCAGUAUACACUCCAACAACGAGGUCCACUUUAAGGGUUAGCGGUGGAAGAAAUGAAAAGCUUCACGAAGGUUUGCCAAACAGAGCCAGAAGAGUUAACAGCAAUUCAUCCAGAAAAGAGAGAAAAUGUAAAUUAUCCAAAUCAUCUGCUGUAAAUAAAAUUGAGGACCAUAAAGCUAUCGUAAAAAAGAUUAAAACAUCUCAAUGGCAGGUUUCUAGAGCUCAUCGAGAAGCUAGUCUUAAUGCCUUAGCUAAAGUCCACUUGCUUUAUGAGAACAGCAGUCGAGGUAGCGGUUUGGGAGAACAGAAAGAGCGCGAGAAAGAUGGAGAAGAGACCUUGUACUUGAAAAAAAGUAGAGAGAAGACAAAACCACACAGCAAGACAUUUCCUGAAAAACAAAACGGUUUGAACAAAGUAAUGAAAAAAAAUAAUGAUCGGAAGCAAAAUGGGAAAAUUAAACGAAACCGGAGAGAAGCUAUUAGUGGGGUGGUUUUUGACACAAAGUCUUGUAAACGUAUGGCGAAUUUAAAUGCACAAGCGAUUCUGUCUGCCAGCUAUUGCCAAGAGCGGUGGCGUAGAGAGAAGCUCGAGAAGAAGGUGUGUCCUGCGGUUGACAUUCAGUAUGAAAUUAGUCACGUGCAAGAAGAAAGAUUGGAAGCAUUUUCUGUAAGAGCCAGUGUUACUGAGUCCACCAAAGAACAUGAAAUGCGCGUGACAACAUGCAAUACCCAGUUAGUGGUCACACCGCAACAAAAGGACGAGAGUGUGAGAAAUGAGAAGACGCUAUCAAAAACUAGAGACAAAAAGUAUAAAACAAAACCUGUAAAAACAUGGACGGCUCCCAAGAGCCACGUGAAAGUGGGACGACGAAAGAAAAACUCACUGGACGUCCAGUCGCCUGUUCCGCCCGAAAUGAUUCCAAUCUCUUGUGAGGUGCAAACCAUUUCGUCCACUAGUGAGAGCAGCCGCACAAUCGCCAGCUCGGGGCUUGAGAACGUGGGAAUGGCACAGUACACAGAGGUAACCAAGGUUCAGAUCAACCGAACAAAAGAGAUGGAAAUAAAAGAAGAAAUGAGGUCUCAAAAGAAAACGGAGCGUUUUGUAGCCAAUGACGAUGUAGCUAUUACUCGUAUGUAUCACUAUCAAACCAAAGCAACAAGUCAGAGCUAUCGUCUUCAGAUGGAGACUACUUACCAACCCUUAUCGACUCGGGAGUACUCGACUCCGGCCACAACCGUGAGGCAGCAUCAGAAACCAAAGAGGCACGUUUCAUCAGCAGGUCACGUGGUGCGUCCUGUGAUGUCCGACAACCAGAAUUUCUAUAAUUAUUCCAAUCACAACGCGAUGGGCCCAGUGUCCAAUCAUCAGUCUUUCAUGAACCCUAACCUGAACGGCAUGAAUAAUGUGGCUAUGGUUGGGAUGGGCCCGAUUUCAACAAACUAUGGAAGUGCUUUUAGUGUUCCACAUUUUGGACAUUCACCUUCAAUGCCUUACACACCUGAUGAGUAUGGUGGCUAUUACCAGCCUGCUGGUUCUGCAGUGCAGCCUAUCCUUGAUCCUUGUCUCGUUCAUAAACCAGUGCCCUAUCAUCCACCUCAGCAUCACCAUCACCACCCGCCUCCACCUCCACCCUCUCAACCACACAAUCAUUACGGGAGUGGGGACCAGUGCAUCUCCCGUCAUGCCUUAUCGUCUACUCCAUCUUGUCCCAUGGAGUCCAUACCUCAGCCCCAUUACCCACAGGAAGCUAUGAAUCCAAACAGUUCCUCUCAUUGUUUUACUCAGGAUAUGCCUCAUAGUAGCCCACCUCUUGCUUACUACCCCCAUGAUAUGACUCACUCGACAAACCCUCCACCACCAUCUCCUUAUUCUCAAGAGAACAUCCCCCAGAGUAAUGCCUCUCGUGGAUUUUCUCAAGAUACAUUGCCCCUUAAUAAUCACCAGUUUCUACAGAACGAAAUUCAAAACACACCACGUCCUCAUUAUACCCAAGAUCCAAUGGCCCCUCACAACCUUCCAUCACACGGUUUCCGUCAAGACUGUAUGCCAACAAAUCUUCCUCAUCAUCAAUACUCUCAAGAUAUAUCAAAUUGUAACCAGGCGCCCAGACCAUACCUCAGUCCACCAAACGUUCUGUCCCCAAGCAAUCUCGCAAAUCCAUGCUAUUCUCAAGAAAACAGUCCGGUUCGUCCUCCACAACACCUCAAUAACCAGCCUCCGUCAUGUCCUCCUCUUCCCCAGAAAUCUUCAUCGGCCCAUUCCCAUUUUCACGGCUCCAUUCAUGGUCCAAAUUUUCAUUGUCAAUCCCACACUGCAUCUAUUCAACAACACCCUCACACACAACCUCAAAAUACUAUAUACCCCAAACACCAAGCCAGCAGUAUACCACGUGAUUAUUCUCCGGGACCCACCUACCACGAGUUGACCCCAGUGAUUACCAGUCGACAAAAAGACAUAAAAACUCGAACACCCAGGCCAGCCCCAUCCGAGGGGUCAUUCCCUCCAGUGCCAAAAGCAGAGGCCACACAGCGCCAGCAUCAACCCCAUUUACCUAUAAAUCAAAAUAUUGGUAACUGCAAUAAAUCUCAAUUCCCUAGGUCAGAAACGAAUAACACUGUAGUCAUUAGAGGGCAGACUGACAGGAGAUUACAACCAUGCAACAGUUCUGGUACCGUGUUAAACGGAAGAAUCAAUUCAAUUUCAGGAAAAGGGCCGCCAGUUUUUGAGCCUAGAAAACCAAAUGGCCACAGUUGCUCGACGACAAACGAAAACAAUAAUACAUCGUCAUCUCGCACUCCACAUCACGGGAACCAAAAUAUUCCUGACCAGUCGUUGGAUUCACAGAAGGCCCAGGAUUUGAAAAUUAAGCGACGAAUGAAAAAAAGCACUGGUCUAAAUGAAAAUACGAACAGUUCAGAUAGUAAAACACACAGUAAUUCUUUUCAAAACGGAAAUAGUUCUUUCCAGGAGCAAAAACUUCCCAACACUAACAAAGUAAAAACAAAGCUGAAACAACCCAAAAUUUCCCAAAACAACAAGCAGAAAAGCGUAAGUGUUGAAAAACAGGGCAAGACCAAAAUAAAACUACCAAAUAACAGUUCAAAAAUAUUAGAGAUGAACGGUAUUUUGUCACCAUUUAAACAAGAACUUCCAAAGAAAAACGGGAAAAAGAAAUAUUCUAAUGGGUGGUCCUGGGAAGGAGAACCUUUCGAAAAACUAGUCCUUUUGAAUAAUGAUGAUCCACUACGUCUAAUCAAGUGCUUCCCGGCCAUGCGCCACGUGGAGGGUGACGUGAUACGGGUGAGAGACUGCGUCCUAUUAAAGUCAGGUCCAAAAAAGACAGACCUUCCUUUUGUCGCAAAAAUAGUAGCCUUAUGGGAAAAUCCAGAAGACGGAGAAAUGAUGAUGAGUCUCAUGUGGUAUUACCGACCUGAACAUACUGAACAAGGCCGAACAGCACAGGAUAUGGAGGAUGAGAUAUUUGCCUCUAAACACAGAGAUGUCAACAGUGUCGCGUGCAUCGAGGACAAAUGCUACGUUCUUACGUUUACAGAGUACUGCAG